CGCGUCAUACCCCUUCGUCAUUAUCUCAUUUCCUAUUGACACACAUCAUGCAGACGAUGGCACCCGGCGCACAAGCUCGGGGCUGCCCGUUCCGAGCCCAGCGCCUCCCGACGCGCCACGUCAUUGACGUGCCCACGACCACGCGGCUGCUCUACGAGAUCGGCGGGCCCGGCCGGAUCCUCGAGUUUUGCGUAGCGUUUUACCUCUUGGCCUUUGCGGACACGACGCUGCAAGCCUUUAUGUAUGAGACCGACGGCGCGGUCGCCCACGGCGAGCGACUCGCCAAGUGGAUCGUGGCGCAGAUGCAAGGCGCGGGUGGCGGGUGCCAGCACGCGUGGGCCGCCGCGCACCACCGCGCGCGCCACUGCGAGAAGCGACCAGCGGCGGCGCGUGGUGCAUGUUUUAGUGUGCGUGACGCGCGUGCGUGGAUGCGGCUGCACUUUUGGGCCCUGCGCGACUGCGGUCUGGACCGCAACCAGGAAUUUUGGACCUGGUACGUCCACUUCAUCCACGCCAACAUUGCGCUGCACAACUCGUACGCCCCGGGGUACACGCACCUCGACGCGGUCUGGUCCACGGACGCGGCCAACAUCAAAGCCUACCGCGACGCCAAGCGCACGAUGACCGACCUCUGCCCGAGUCUCUACUGCUAGUAACAACUCGUAUUUAUGAUCCGAC